AUGAAAAGCAUUGACAAAAACAAAGAAGACAUUAGACUAGAUAAACAAGAACUAGAAAAUUUCAUUUAUCAUAAAUACCAAGAGAUUGCAUCCAUUAUCCGAUUGAAGAAAAAUGCUUUUGAUAAAAACUCAAAGAAAUUGGCAACAGAAAUCGAAAAUCAUGGAGAAGUCUGGCACAGAGAGAUAGACGACAUUUUACAGAUUUUUAAAUCUGAACUUGAAAAAAUUGACUCAAAACACCUGGAUGUCUUAAAUAAAGAGGAAGAUAAAAUUAGACGUACUCUUUCUGAAAUCACACAGAGCAUUUAUGAUCUGAAGAAGUUACUAGACUCCAAUGAUGUCAGCCUUGUAUAUGCCUACAAAUCCAGGAAUGCUGAAUUUAGAAGAUUGCCUCCCAAACUCACAGUUUCCUUACCAAGGUUUACCCCUCAAAGGAUAAACAAAGAACAGCUCUAUAAACAGUUUGGUUCUCUGUCAGCGUUAUCAAUCAAAAAAGAAAAACACGGCUACACAUCGAAAUCUCUCGAUUCUCCCUCUUCUCCCCCGGACAGACCCCGACCGCUCAUUGCUGUACCUCGGAUCAUCACACAGAUAAACACCGAGUAUAGAUAUUCACCCUCUAAAAAUCACAAUCCAUUACACAGUGUAUCCUGUCUGAGUGAUGAAGAUAUAUGGUUAUCUGGUUCUGACAACAUCAUGAGACUCUACCACCUUCGAGGGAAACUAGUAAAGUCAGUCCAAACCAUGUCAGGAAAUGAUCCAUGGGACAUAGCAGUGACACUGAGUGGGGAUUUAGUUUAUACUGAUGUCAAUGAAAGAACCGUGAACAAAGUGAAGAAUACACAGAUAGAGACAGUUAUCGGACUUUGGGGAUGGAAACCUCGUAAUGUUUGUAGCACGUCCUCGCAUGGUCUUCUGGUUGUCAUGGACAGUGAUAUUGAUAUGCAAACAAAAGUUGUGUGUUACUCUGGCUCCACAUUUACAGAGCAACAAAGUUUUCAGUACGAUGACAAAGGACAACCUCUCUAUUCGUCUGGUGGUGACAUCAAAUAUAUAAGUGAGAACAGGAACCUAGAUAUUUGUGUGUCAGACUAUAGAGCCGACGCAGUAGUGGUGGUCAAUCGGGCCGGCAAACUCAGGUUUACCUACACUGGUCCUCCCUCUACUACCAAGAGAUCAUUUAGUCCACACGGCAUUGCAACAGACAGCCAGGGUCGGAUCCUGACGGCAGACUUUAACAACCAUAGUAUCCAUAUUCUGGAUCAGGACGGACAGUUUCUCCGCUGCAUUGAGAAGUGUGACAUAUGCGGUCCAUGGGGUUUGUGUGUAGACACCAGAGACAACCUCUUUGUGGCUGAUUACAAAACAGGUAAAGUGAAACAAAUACAAUAUGUCUAA